UUAGGCGAACAAAAAUAGCGAUAAUGACAGAUGUCGGUGCGGCAACACUGCUUAAGGUGACAGUUUGAAAUUAUGACAAAUGAGAAGUGGGAAUUUUGGUUUGUUUUGGUUCUGUAGUAGUUUUCUAUUUUUGUUUUAGUUUGCUAUUAAAAAAAAAUGGUUAAUAGUUGUGCUGUUUAUAAAUGUGAUUCUUCAGGGCUAAGGCGAGGGCUGAGAGGACAUUCAAGAGGAAAUAAUAAAAGUUUCUUUAAAUGCAGCGAUAGGAGCGGCGAUAGAUUUUUAAAAUGGCAAAAAAUAUUUGAUGGGACCUACACAAAAAUACAUCCUAGAAGUUACAUUUGUGAAAAACAUUUCUAUUCGAGUGAUAUUAUUAGUGAAAAAGUAAUUACAGAUCCUACAGGAAAGGUUAUUUUCCAUAGGACCUACAAAAACAAGAUGUUAAAAAAAGAUGCCAUUCCUAUUUUCGUUAUUUAUGAUGAGACUACUUAUCAGUGGACAUCAGGGAAUAUUAUGUAUAAUACAAUAGAAGAUUUAAAAAAUGAAAAUAUGGAGUAUACUGGCAACAAUUUGGAAUACUUUGAUGACAAUGACAAUAAAGAAUGUAUUGCUGGCUUGGUUAGCGAAUUUUCCAUACCUUAUGGUGAUGAAACAUUUGAUCAUAGCAAUAAUGGAGGCAUUACUAAUGAAACCAUCUUUGAAAAAUUAUGCCAAAAAAAUACUAAUUUAUUGUUUCCAGAUUUGUCAUGGGGUGUUCAUAAAAAUAUACCUAAUAAGUACAUUAUGUUCUCACAGUUAAUAACAGAGAGUAGUGAAGUUGGCAAUGCUCCUGAAAUAAGAAAAAAAAUCUUAGUCCAUGAAGAUGGUCGAAUGGAAGUUUACUUUUUAAAUAAACGUAUGACAUUACAAGAUAUUCCACAAAUUGUUGAAUCAAUUAACCAAGUAGAACAAUUACUCCAAAUUGUUCACAACUUGAAUAUUUGUGUAGGAGGACCGUCUCUAAAAAUGUACAGUUCUGUUAAUAAUGUUCGAUCCAGCUAUAAAGACAAUAUUUCUUAUAAAUGGAGACACACUUUAUGUCCAGUUUAUAUUCAACAUGGAGUUAUUUGUAGAAAAUGUGCAACUUUAGAUGGAAUCUUAAGAAGGCAUAUAGUUGUGAAUGCAAAGCUUAAAAGAGACAAAUAUAAUGAAGCAAGAGCACUGACAAGAGCUAAGAAAAAACUGGAAAAAUUCAUAUCUACUAAUAAAAUUGACUGGGUUGAUAUAAUGGUAGAAAAGGAUUCUUAAAUGGUUCAGCCACCCACUUUGUAUGGAAGAACAUAGAUGACUUCACAAAAAAAACUUUAUUCAUUAUUCAAUGAUGGGCAGUACUUUGAUCAGUUGCCUAUUGAACUGUGGAAAUAAAAUGUUAAAAUGAAAGUAUUAAUAUAUGG